AGAUGUCUGCAGUGAUUGUAACGGGGAUGUACAAGAGCAGAACUCGCGGGCAUACGCCGCAGGUUUUGAACAUCGCCAUAGAACAUCUUCAUAGGAAUGACCAGUGUGUGCAUGCAAGCAAUCAAAAAAUCCAAAUUUCCAAAGUGUUUUCUGAUUUUUCUUCUUCUUCUUGCUAUGUACAUAUCAAAGAAAGAUGAGUUUGGAUGGGAAACGCAAGCCCUGCCUGCACAUGUCCCUGUCUAGUGUUCUGAGCCACCCCUCAACUUUCUUGUUUGAUCAGCGUCGUUUAAGGUUUUCUCGCCUUCACCAGUCAAUUACUAGAUAUAUUGCUUUUGAAAGGCUAUAUAAAAUUCAAGUCCCCAUCUUGCUGUACUUAUCUUCUGUCCCUCUUCCUCGACCGCUCAGAUCAACAGUCUCGUUCCCGUAUUCAAACCAGCAGAUCGUACCCAUAAUUUCCUUAGCAAAUCUCUCUCUCUCUCUCUCCAAAAGCCAUGGACGAGAGGCGACGGAGCCGCAAACAGCAGAAAAGAGCAAGUACCAGCACGGAAGAAGUGAGCAGUAUUGAGUGGGAGGUCGUAAAGAUGACCGAGCAAGAAGAGGAUCUCAUCUACAGGAUGUACAAGCUUGUUGGAAACAGGUGGGAUUUGAUAGCAGGUCGAAUUCCGGGGCGGAAACCAGAAGAAGUCGAGAGGUUUUGGAUAAUGAGACACGGUGAUACUUCUGCUGAUAAAAGGUAUGAGCAUGGCGAUGGCCGGCGCUCGUGAUAUUUCCCAUUUUUGUUCAUGUUUCUCUGGAUUCUUGGGCUUUUCUUUAUUUAGAUUCUUACUGUAAAUAGAAAUUGUGUUCUAUAUAUUCUUUCAAGAAGAAUUCGAGUUUGUAUCACAAAA